CAUUAAAUCAGGCAGCAGGAAUUUUAACAAUUUUCCACUCAGAAAUUUUGUGUUUUUGUCUUCAAAACUAUAUGUUUGUUUUCCAUUUGGAAGCAGACUUUCCCUUCAUGUGGGGAGGCAAGACGGGGAUUCUUUAAUUUGCAGAUCUGUUUAUGGAUUGGUUUGAUACUGUGGUUGUGAAGGCCAGUCCCUCCCCCUCUCUAUUAGUAACUCUUGCAAGAUGCAGUUGGAUUGGAGUCUGUGGGACCAUUUACUAAUCCUGCCUACAUUUGCUAACUGAGGAGUCUGAGACAGGUUCAACACGGCUGCAGGGCAACAAAACAUCUGCAAAGCAACAUUUAGACCCCCUGAAAUAAAUAGUGGAUGCCUACUGCAGCUGAGCUAUGCAGGAACGUUCGAUAACAGCAAAGCAGCAGACCAGAUGUCCUAGCAUCAGCUGCAAUGAGUCAAAGGCUUCGCUGAAAAAUAUAUAUAAAGACCAGCCGUAGUUUGUUUUCCAAGGCUGCCUGGGACUGCAGCUUCAGAGGUCAGGCAGCAGGUGUAACUGUGGCAUAACGCAAACUUUUCAACUUGAUUCGGAUUGAUGUUUUCCCACUUCUGUUAAAGGCAUGUCAGCUCUUAGGAGAAAAUUUGGUGAGGAUUAUCAGGUUGUGAACACUUUAAGAGGAACCAGCUUCACGCCUCCUGUCAAGAAGGCAAGGCAAAGGUUUGUGGACAAGAAUGGACGCUGUAACGUCCAGCAUGGAAACUUAGGAGGUGAGACCACCAGGUACCUCUCUGACCUGUUCACCACUUUAGUGGACCUUAAAUGGCGGUGGAACCUUUUCAUCUUUAUCCUUACAUAUACUGUAGCUUGGCUUGUGAUGGCUUCAAUGUGGUGGAUUAUCGCUUAUAUCAGGGGGGACCUCAACGGAAGCCACAAUGGCACUCACACUCCAUGCGUUGCCAAUGUCUAUAACUUUCCAUCCGCUUUCUUGUUCUUUAUUGAGACAGAGGCCACAAUUGGCUAUGGCCACAGGUACAUCACAGAGAGGUGCCCGGAAGGUAUUGUCCUGUUCUUGUUGCAGUCAUUACUUGGGUCUGUUGUGGAUGCUUUCCUCAUAGGCUGUAUGUUCAUCAAGAUGUCCCAGCCUAAAAAAAGAGCCGAGACUCUCAUGUUUAGUUACAAUGCUGUCAUCUCUCAGCGUGAUGGAAAACUGUGCCUCAUGUUUCGGGUGGGCAACCUCAGAAAUAGCCAUAUGGUGUCAGCCCAGAUUCGAUGCAAGCUGAUAAAGUCAAGACAAACUCCUGAGGGCGAGUUCCUGCCUUUGGAUCAGUGUGAACUGGAUGUUGGAUUCGGGACUGGAGCAGACCAGCUAUUUCUUGUGUCACCUUUAACAAUUUGCCAUGAAAUAAAUCCCAAGAGUCCCUUCUUUGAUCUUUCAAAAAGAUCAUUAAUGAAGGACCAGUUUGAGAUAGUCGUCAUUCUGGAGGGAAUUGUGGAAACAACAGGUAUGACAUGUCAAGCCAGAACAUCCUACACAGAAAAUGAAGUCUUGUGGGGUCACAGAUUCCUCCCUGUCAUGUCACUGGAGGAGGGCUUUUUCCGAGUGGACUAUUCUCAGUUUCAUGCCACCUUUGAAGUGCCCACUCCACCAUAUAGUGUCAAAGAACUUGAAGAAAAACUAUCUUUGCCAUCUCCACUGAAUACGCCAUGCAUAAGUAACUGCAAAAUCAGAAAGGACCACAUCUAUUCAGUAGACUGUAUCGACACUAUAGAAGAGAAGUUUGGCAAACUACCCAGCAAGCUUCAAAAAAUGAGCUCGGGAAGAGAUGAGAUGCAAAGAAAAGUUAUAAGAAUGAGCUCAAAUAUUUCUGAGAAGGCAUGCAGCACAGGAGACCUGCCCUUAAAAAUUCAGAGGAUUAACUCUGUUCCCACUACGGUGGAAUGUGAAGAAAGAAUCCCCCUCAAAGCCUUCAAAGUGAACUCUGAACCAAUGACUAUGUCAACAGGUGAUUUGCAGCAAAAGCAUCAUGGUCUCCUUACCCUGGGGGCAAGACUUGAGGCCACAUUACCUGCAAAGCUCCGAAAAAUGAAUUCUGAUCGCCUUACUUAGAUCAGAGCUUAUUCAAAACAGCUAAAUGGUCAAUGACAAAAACUGAUAUAAACAUAUAGCCUUAUAUCUCUAAAAUAUUUUGGGUACAACUGUGAACCUUCUAAAUUAACUUAGGCAUUCAUGGGGUCAAGGGGCUAUAUAUAAUAUUCUGUCUCAUUGCAGCUGUUUAUAAUGGCAUCUGUAAAGUGUUGCAAGACUUGUAUAGCAGCAUGCAUUUAUAUCAUGUUAAAUCUGUUGAAUUCACACAACUUAUACCACUUCAGUCACCUGAGGGACAGGUGAAUCCGCAUGAGUACACAACUCAUGGCAUUGCUGUGAUUUCAAAUAUAUACAUGAAUCAUG